UUUUAGUACUAUUUGAGAACUUGUAACUUUAUCCUAUGAUGUCAUGAUAGUGAUUCAUGUAAGAAGAGGCUAUGAGAAACAUUUUAAAAAAUUUAUAAGGAAAGCAAGAAGAAUUUCCACUGUUUGUUGGCUUCAGUCUGCUCCUCUUCUGGCUCACUACUUCUCCAGCUUUAGAGAAGACCCGCUUUAAAUGGUAGAGCAUCCAGAACCACUCUAAACUCAGAAUCUCACAUAAUUUUUCAAAUACACUCAAAAUCACACACAAUCACUCAACCUAACUGUCUAAACUAUCUCAAGUACUCUCUCGGACUUGAAUCCAUGCACACAACCACUCAACUUCAGGAUCUGAAGUUCAGACUCUCUCUAACUAACUGUAGCUCGCUAUUUCUAAUUUAUACAAAAACACGUCCACCUUUCCAAAAACUCACAGUUUGCGUGUAUAUUCAGUAUCAUUUUAAAAUCUUGAGAAUAAUUGCAAGACCCGCCCUUUUUUUUUUUUAAAGACCCGCCCUUUGGCGGAUUCCUGCGAAGCAGUGCAUGACGUCAAAAGCAGCUCCAUACACCAGAACGAGAGAGCCCUCGUUUAGGAAGGGACACGUCAUUUUUGACACGGCGAUCAAAACACUGCACGAUACUUCUGCUUCAUUUGGCUCGAAACUGUGUCGGAGCAGCACAUCACUAUUCUAACCCUACAUUUCCAUUACAGCCACAACAUUAGGACCAAGAUUACGAUGGAAAGUUGCAGAUCUGGAGAACAACGCAGCUUCGUUGACUCUGUGAAGGAAGAGAGUGAAGAAGAGCAGCAGCUGCUGGUGGUGGUUAAAGAAGAGGUUCCUGAUGUGAGCGGUUCCAGUUUGGACCAGCAGAACCUCACAUGUUACCAGGUGAAGAAAGAAGAAGAGGAACAGUGGAUCAGUCAGGAGGAAGAGCAGCUUACUGUGAAGAUUGAAGACGAAGAGAAACCUCAAUUGUCAGAAGUUCAUCUCUUAAAAAGUGAAGACAGCAGAGAGACAGAAGCUUCAACCAGCAGCUCGGCUGAACAGAUGAAAACAGAAUCUGAUGGAGAGAUCGGUGGAGGAACAGAACCCGACAGAGAACCGGAUCCAAAUACUAAUUUACAGCCAAAUAUUGAAGAAAGGCAUUCAGCCUCUUCUGAGACUGAAGUCAGUGAAGAGAGUGAAGAUAAAAAUAUAUCAGGUUCUGGAUCUGAAAAUGAAGACAGUGAUGAAGAUUGGAGGGAACCCAGAAGACGUCAGUCUGGUGUAAACAGCAAAGUGGGACGUAAAGCUGCCAAGAAGGCCUUUAGCUGCCCUGACUGUGGUAAACAGUUUGUGAGGAAGCAGAUGUUCCAGAAACAUAUGGCAGUGUAA